AUGGUUAGGUGCUCCAAGAAUCAUCAGCUUCUUGUGAUGAGUCCUCAACAAUAUGAUGGCCAAUGGCUUAAAAUGAAUACUCACAAGCUCCCAUGGUUCGUCGCACUAUCUGGUCCAGUCGUCCAAUGCUGGUUCCCUUCCCCCCUUUUUGUUGUUUGCUUCAAGUUUUUGAAAGAAAAAGAAAAGCUCAUGAACCAAAGAGCUUUGGGUCUGAACCUUGUGGUAUCUUCUCAGGUGUUAAGGCUUCUUGCCCUUCCAGACGGAGGGAUCAUCUUCAAAAACAUAAUCAAGUACCAAACAAAGGGUGAUGCCCACAUCCCGGGAGAGGAAAUCAAGAGGGGGAAAGAGAAGACCUUGGCCAUGUUCAAGGCUGUUGAGGCUCGCUUUUUGAUAUAA